AUGAUUACGAAAGAAAAAAAAUCUACUUAUGUUUCUAAAAAAUCUUAUAAAAGAACUGCAAAAAGUAAUAAAGGAAGAGGUAUUAAGAAAAGAAAGAUUGAUUCAGAAAUCUAUGAUAAAACAAAGUCUGAAUAUUCAAAAAAGUAUUUUUGUGAAGAAAUACACGAAUCAAUAUUUUUUAAAAGUGGUGAGAGAGUUUCUAAAUAUAAAUCAAAAAAGUUUGAAAAUUUUAUUGUAGGACAUUUUUUUCGAUUUGAAGAAUUUGAUCUUUUAAAUUUAUUAGAAAGGACAAACUUAAUGAUUUGUGUUUUUAACGAAUUUAACUUUCGUGAUAAAAAAGAUGUUAAAACCGUUGAAUUGAAUGAUCGUUAUCAAAAAGUUAAAAAAUUUGAUCCUAGUUUUAUAAAUAUUUCUAGAAAAUUUUUAGAAAGGAUAGCUUUUUUUAUUGAAGUUUAUUAUAGAUAUAAAAAUGCAAUAUGGUUAUUUCGGAACAAUGAAGAUUAUAAACAAAGUUUAAAUUAUAUAUUAGACAAAGCAGAUUUAAUAGACAUUAAAUUACCUGUAAUAGAAUUUAAAAAUGGUAGGAAUUACAAUAAUAUUUUAUUAAAAGGAUUAAAAACAAUUAUUAUUGAAGCACAAAAAAUUGUUUUAGAAGAUUUUUUAGAAACUCCUUCUGAUGAAAUCCUUUCUUAUAAAACAUUUUCUGAUAUACAAUUUAACGAAUUAAUUUAUAAACUAGAUAAAAUGAUUAAACCAAAAUUAAAAGAAAAAAAUUCAAAAGAAAAAAAAUUUUUUUAUAAGCUUUAUAAAGAAUUUUUAAAUCCUAUUCUUAAAUUAAAUAAAAUACAAGAAUUAUAUUUAAUUAAAGGUCGACUAAGAGUCAAAAAAAAAUGUUGUGAUAAUUAA